CACGGCCAAAGGUCUUUGUCAAAACAACAGCAGACAACAAGGAUGGCAUGCCCGGCUUCAUUUCAUUGAUCGAAACGGUAAGGCCACGUAUCAUUGAAUACUGGACAUGCUCGAUUUUUCUUUUUUAAAAUGCGCCCUUGCCAAGGAGUCAGACGAAGAGUUAACAUUACCCACGGCUUGGCAAGCUGUGUUCUUGGCAUCUUCCAUCCAAAUCCUUUUUUCCCUUUACUGUUUGAAUCGUGCGGUUUUUCCUUUUUUGUUAUUGCUAACAUCUCUUGCGCGUGUGAUGAAUUUUUAGGUCGACUAUGAGCACAUUAUGUCGUGGACCCCCGAGGCCUCCAUCCCUGGCUUUGACGAGGACUCGUAUGUCGAUAUCUCCGGUCAAGAUGAUCACGACGUCACCACGUUCGUGGCUCCUCCUCGAUCGCCCGAUCCAAGACGCCGAUCAUUCCAUCCUUCAGAUUACGCCGUUUCUAUCCCACUGCGGAAUAUUUACUCGCUUCUUGUCUAUCCUCCGCGUGUCAAGGAUCGACAUGGUUCCAUUAUCGUCAAUCUAAUCGGCGGAGAGUCCCUGCCUGCAUUUUAUUUUCAUGAUGAAGGACUGGCUUCAAAGGGGAAGGCAAAUGCUGGAGGACCACCUGUCUGGGGUGGAGAGGAGCUCUUGCGUACGAUGGAGAAGUGCGUGGACGUGGUCGGGAGCGCGAUCGAGCCUGGAGUAUAUCUUGUGAAUGCAACGCAGGCGGACAAAAUUAACCAUGGAGCUGCCUCACCCCCACACCCUCUUUCGCCCAGUGUCGAUAAACAUCCGUUGCAGGAGACUGUGCAGGAGGAGAGACUAUACCCUGCACUAGAGGAAACCAAUCCAUUGCCUGUAGCACCAGCCGACAGAGUCUCUCACGAUUCACAUGAUGAAGAAUCCAACAAGACUUCGGCAUCAACCACGACCGGUCCUAUAACGGUCGAGGGCAUGCGUCGACGGCGAUCUCUUGUAGAGAAUGGUAGGAGCAAGGCGAUUGAUGGUCAGCAGCUGUCAGCCUCAGUCUCUGGCUCGCCUGUACCCGGAGCUACUAACAGCUCAAAUGGGACGCAAACUGCUCGUCCACGGACGCCUCUGCCCUUUGAGAACCAUAUCGAUCCUCUUGUGAACACCGUAAAGGAAAUGAGAUGGAAUAUCCUGGAGCGGUUCUCACAGGUCGCCAGGUUUUCCAGAGAUGCGGCUACGAACAUUCUCGACCAUCCGAUCACGAAGCAGAUUUUGCCUCCUCAUGUGCAGCAGCGUAUCCAGGAUUCUGAGGCUGCGAAGAGGGUCAUGGAUGAUUAUGAUUCCGCUCGUGUUUAUUUAGCGAAAUGGGCUGCGACCGUCGCGGAUCAAGGAGAUCGUGAGCGCCGAGAGACCCGUGAAAUGGACCGACUUCACUCUGGUUCAUCGCCUUCUGGCAAGCACCGUGCUCACGGGGACCAUGGACGUCGUAUCAAUGAUCACGAGGAUGAGGAGGGGCCGCUCGGGGCAUUCAACGUGCUUGACCUUGAAACGGAGUGCUCGAUGAUCCACCACACCAGGACAGAUCCUCUGUCACCAAUGGAUUGGUUCGCCUUUUUCGACGAUAUGGGACGACUGAUCGUAUCGGAGGCACAGGUCCGCGAAGCAGUCUUCCGCGGAGGAAUCGAUCACGAUAUCAGGAUCGAGGUCUGGAAGUUCUUUUUGGGCAUCUAUCCAUGGGACUCUACUGAAGCCGAGCGCGUCGUUAUCCGGACCACAAAGGCAGAGGAGUACUAUGCGCUCAAGCGGGAGUGGUUCGACGACCCUGCGGUUCAAGAGACUGAAACGUUCCAGGAGCAAAAAUUGCGAAUCGAAAAGGACGUUCAUCGUACCGAUCGUACCAUCUCAUUCUUUGCCUCGGAGACGCUGCCCAAUCCUGCAGGAGAUUUCACAGGCGUUGGAUCGAAUGAAAAUUUGGAGCUAUUGAAGGACAUCCUCUUGACUUAUAAUGUCUGGGCCGCUAAGGGAUCGUCAUCGGAGCAAAUCACAUCACCAUCGCCUGUGAAAACGACGGUGACCACUUCGUCUACCUCAUCAGCAUCACCACCAACCGCGUCUGCGGAGGCAAAUCAUUUGGAGGGAUAUGUGCAAGGGAUGUCGGAUCUAUUGGCGCCUGUCUUUGCGGUCAUGGGCGAUGAGGUGAUGGGAUUCUGGGCGUUUGUCGGAUUGAUGGAGAAGACCAAGAAGAACUUUUAUCGGGACCAAGUCGGAAUGCAGAGCCAGCUUGAGACUCUAGGUAAACUGAUCCAGGUGCUGGAUCCAAAGCUUUACAGACAUCUUGAAAAAUGCGAGGCGUUGAAUCUGUUCUUCUGCUUCCGUUGGCUCCUUAUUUGGUACAAACGCGAAUUUGAGUGGGUCGAUAUCAUGCGGCUCUGGGAAGUCCUCUUCUCAGACCAUCUCUCGACCCAGUUCCAUCUGUUUGUGGCAAUGGCGAUUCUUGAUAAACACCGAGAUGUCAUGAUGGAUCAUCUGCAAGGCUUUGACGAAAUUUUGAAGUAUGUCAACGACUUGAGUAUGACAAUUGAUCUUGAGGAAACACUUCAGAAUGCCGAGAUUAUAUACCGCCGAUUGGAGCAUCUUGUCGAAAAGGUGGACGCCAAGCAACAGGGACAAGAAGCAGCAACAUCAUUUACAGCAACAACCUCGGCUCCAGAGCUGCCUGCGACCUUGCGUAACUUAUUGAAGAAUCGUCAAAGAUCAUAGGCAGGAACCAUGCAGAGACUCAUGGAAAUAAAAAUUGUGCGUCGAGAACUGAUAUAUUCAUAAACAAUUGAGGCGUUCGAAUGGUUUAU